CAGCGCCAUUUAUCAGCUUCUUCAAAAAUAUUUCGGUUUCGUUACGCCAUAAUAAAUAAUCACAAAUGAGUAUACGAUUCAUUAGGUUCCUUUUUUGUAAUAAAAUUAUAUAUAUAAAUUACCUAAAAUAAUUGCUUGUUUGAAGGUUUUAUUAGAUAAACGUGAUUUAAUUUGGGUUCCUUUUUUUCAUGUUAUCUUUUUCUAAAAAUUGGCAUUUGGGAACGCUCUCCUGAUAAAGUUCUGAAUCUUAAGCUCAAUAUUUAUCAAAAUAAAUUUCAUGAUUCUUUAUCAUAUUUGCCGCUUCGAGAUAGGUACUUAACUUAGUGAUAAAUAAAGACUUGAACAAACUUGUAACUAAAUUAAACUGGUAAAAACUAAACUGGUAAAAAUUGUUAACAACAGAAAAAUAAAAACUUUCACUCCUUUUUCCAUUUAAUUACUAAUCUAUAACGCACGCAGCUUUCUUCACCAAAAACGUAUUUUAAAAACCAAAAUGGCCACCCGGUAUCACACGUGAUACCAACCUAAAGACAAAAAGAAAGUAGGUGCAUUAAAAAGAAGUUCUGUCUCGUCCCGCGCUCAGUGCAACCUUGAACGCGGUACGACGCGCGCGUUUUUUAAAAAAGGAAAAGUUACCGACCGCUGUGACGUAACUUGCGUCACUAUGGCGUCGAAAAAGUCGGUCCUGUUGGUUUUAUUUCUAGUUUUCUGUAACAAUGUUGAGAGUGCUACCAUUUUCGAGAGAUCCUAUGAUUAUUUUAUAAAUCUAGGCAAAAGUUGGGCACCCAGCUUAAUGUCGAUUUUGGACUGUAUGGGUGAAAAUGAUCCCUUGGCGUGCGCCAAAGAAAAAGCGGGAAAGAUUCUGGACAGCUGGGAUGAAGAAGUACAAAAACAAAGGAGAAGUUGGCAAGAAGCGGCUGAUGCUGAAGUGAUAUCAUCAGGAAGAUCUAUGGAGGAAAUGCCGUCGAAGAUUGGGAGACAAGUGGAAGACUCCAUCAACUCUUUAGCGGAAAUAUUCGGAAAUGGAGUCGCCAGGGCAUUAUCCAAGAAACACGAUAGCGGCGGAAUCGACACAAUAACAAUAUCCACCGGUGGCGGUGAGAAGAAGAAAAUGAAGAAAAAGAAGAAGCCUAAACCCCCGAAAAUACACUUAGUCCACCCGAUGAUGAUGCACGCAGUGAAGAAACAAGAGAAAGGUGUAGAGAGCGCUAGGGGAUUCUCGGGAGGACGAGUACAGUCCUGGGUGAUUGGGGAGAGGAGUGUCAAUUCUUCUAGAAGAGGAAGAGGGUUGAUGACUGAUCUGUGGGACGUUGGCGAGGAGGCAUUGGAUGCGGUCGCUGAGCAUGCCUUGAAAAGUGAUGAGAAAGAAGACGGGGUGGUGGAUAAAAGUUCUUUGGAAGAACAAAGAGGAAAGAAGAAGAAGAAAAAGAAGGCGAUACUGAAGCUUCUAAUCCUCGGCGCAGUGUUGAAGGCGAAGAUCGGCACCUUACUACAAAUAUUAUCUUUCAAAUUGCAGGUAAACAUUCGAUAUGAAGAUAAUGUAUUUCAUUCAUUAAUAGUCAUAAAGUCUUUGCAUUGCCAAGUUUUCUAGAAUAUAGGGCCUUGGGGUAAUACUGAAAGCGAAGCUAUUCCGAAAAUAACGAAUUACAACCAAAAAAGCCAUCGAUUUUUUAUUCAAGUUGAUAAAUAAAAAAAUCUUUUUCUAGAUAAAAAAUAUUUAAAUUAGAACAAACAUGUCUUAUGUCAUAUUUGGAAUUUCCCUGCAUUCGUUAUUAUACACCAAGCACCUU